GAGAGGGAGGGGAGUUGAUCUGUUUUCUCUCAGCCUGCCUUAGCUCAGCUCGCCACCUGCCCUUGAGUUACUGUGAAUAGACAAGACAGAGAGGAAGUCGUGCUGUAGUCUGGCUCUUGUAAACCAUAUCUCUGCUGUGUUUUUAUCCCUGGGCUGUUUAGAUUUUUUCCCCUCUCUGCUCUGGGGGUGUAGUGGAGUGGAGCGUUUGUCUCUGGCUGGCGGAGCUCCGAUGGGAGGCAGCGCUGCCUCUGUCUGGGACUGGGGAUGCUGAACGGGGGAAGGGAGGGCCUGUUUCAACUGGGACAGCAGCUCCAGCAACAGGGGGAGUACCAGGCCGCCCUCCACUGCUUCCUUAGCUCUCUGCUGGGGUUAAGGCACGUGCAGAGCUUCACCUCGCUGCCCAACUGCCUUCACCAGAUUGCUGAACUAUUCAUCUCCGAAAAUAAUUACAGCAAGGCCCUGCAGUUCAUUCAGGCUGAGAAGAUGUUCUACGAGGUUUCUCUAAUUGAGCUCACUGCUGUUCAGGGGAGCACAGGUCCCCAGGAGGAGGCUUUGCUGGGCUCGUCUGGGACAGGAUGGGCAUCCCCAGAGGAGCUAUCGGAUCAGGCCUCCCAGGCACAGCAUUUUGAGCGGCUGGCCCAGCUUUGCAUCAUGAGUAAAAGACCUCAUCUCGCUUUAGAGUACAGUGGGAAAGCCACUAAGAUCCAUCAGAGGGCCUUUGGCAACGACCACCCCAUCACAGACAAGAGUCUGGAGCUGCUGGCCACCGUCUACGCAGAAAUUGGAAAAACAGAAUACUCAGAUUCCCUAGGCCAGUGUGUGUCAGCGCUUUCCAAGAGGUUUGCUGCUGCCGAGUCCUUCAGAGACACACUCAACAACGGUCUUUCCCACUCCCAUUCCCACCGGGAUAAACACUCCGAGGUCCGGCACAGGAAAGACCCCCGCCCACUGGUGGACACACCAAAACCCAAGGUCACCAACGGUAAAAUCCCCAUGUCCAUACUGAAGAGGUCUGGCUCAGGAUCAGACUCAGAGCCCAGCCACAGACGGAAAGGCGAGCGGCGGGUCCGGUUCAGGGAGCCUGAAACCACUGUGCAUGCCUAUGACACGUCACCGCCCAGCCCCCACCUGGCUCUGUUCACCUGCCUGUUCCUGCUGAUGUCACUGCUGGGCGUGGCCAUGUUCUGCACGGACCGCCGGCGCCCACAGCGUGUCUGUGAGGAGCUGGAGGCCUCGCUUGCUGUCUACCUGAUACACAUAAAACAGCUGCUGUGGGGCUGCUGGAUCUGGCUAACCAUGCAGUGACUGGGACCCACCAGAGGGGGAGACGUGGAGGACUGCAUUCACUCUCUUCAUUACAUGUCCCUUGAGGUGCCCUACCUAGCCUGGUCCACGAGCACCUCAGUCAUACACACUGACUAUCUAUCUAUGGUGUUGAGAUGUGCACCCCUACUGCUAUGCUCACACCCAUAUAUGGAGAAAUGUGUAAUCCCAGAGAUAUUUAGCCUCCAUGCCUGUAUACUGUAUGUACCUAGGUGGUGGGUAUGCUACCAUGUUCGUUUUGUUGAUAAGACAUUUUGCACAUCAGCAAUGUCGAUGCUCACUGGUAUGCUCACUUAAUUGCUACAAUAAUUUACAUGUUCCUUUCUUGGCACAAUCUAUUGUGAGUGAAUGUUUCAUGGAAUGCCAAAUUAAUUAUAUUUAUUGAAUUACAAUGCUAUGUCAUUUGUGCACUUAAAAGCUAACUACAGAUAUGAAUGUGUAUAUACCGUAUACUAAGGACUAUCACAAUAUUACGCCUUGUUAUUGCACAUAAUUGAAUGUAUAAAGUGUGAAAAACUGCUUAGAGUUGGCACAAAACACCCUUACCGUCUAAAAUAAGGAUUAUGGAUUGAGUCAAGCACAAUGUGACCACCUUCUGAAAAGGAUUGCUGACACAGGCACAGGACUGCUUCACUUCACAGUGCCAGGUUAAACUAGCAAAUUGACAAAGCCAUCUUUCUUUUACAGCAUAAAUACUGCAGUCCGGUGUUUCCUACCUCGGUCCUCGGGACCCCAAGGGGUGCACGUUUUGUUUUGUUGCCCUAGCACUACACAGCUGAUUCAA